UGAGAGUCUCUGGCCCUGUUUUCCCGGUGAGGAAAUGCAUGGCAAAGAGGAAUGACGUGUCAAGGUUGCCCUUCCUGGCUCCAUCUUGCCCUUUCUCCUCUGCUUCCUUUGUUUUUCACCAUCUUUAGCCUUUGAUCCCAACCAAAAAGAGGAGGGGAAAUCCCAUGGGCAUACACAGCCCCCUCUCAAACUCCUGUCUGGACUUUUUCACAUAGUAACAACGUCUUUUUUUCUCAACGAGACUCCCAGACUGGAAUGGUGUACUCAUUUCAAGGAAGAGGAUACUGAGGGUCAGAGAGGUACCCUAGCUUCGCUAGAAGCACCCAGGCCCAAAGAUCCUCCCGCCAAAUACAUCCCCAGACCCCGCCCAGCUGUGGUCACUGGAGUGUUUACUCUGCACGCGGGGCAGGAGGGCGGGACCGAGCAGGCGGGGGCGGACAAAGUCCGGGGACUAUAAAGGCCGGUCCGGCAGCAUCUGGUCAGUCACAGCUCAGAGCUGCAACCAGCUCAGCCAUGCCCGGGCAAGAACCCGAGACACUGACUGGCUCUCAGAUGCUCCUGGUGUUGCUGGUGCUCUCGUGGCCGCCGCAUGGGAGCGCUCUGUCUCUGGCCGAGAGGAGCCGCGCAAGUGUCUCGGGACCCUCAGACUUGCACUCCGAAGACUUCAGAUUCCGAGAGUUGCGGAAACGCUACGAGGACCUGCUGAUCAGGCUGCGGGCCAACCAGAGCUGGGAAGAUUCGAACGGCGACCUCGUCCUGACCCCUGCUGUCCGGAUACUCACGCCACAAGUGCGCCUGGGGUCUGGCGGCCACCUGCAUCUGCGCAUCCCCCGGGCCGCCCUGCCCGAGGGGCUCCCCGAGGCCUCCCGACUUCACCGGGCUCUGUUCCGGCUGUCCCCGACGGCUUCAAGGUCGUGGGACGUGACGCGCCCGCUGCGGCGUCAGCUCAGACUUGCAAGACCCCAGGCGCCCGCGCUGCACCUGCGACUGUCGCCGCCGCCUUCGGACCAGCUGCUGGUAGCGUCUCGGGCCGCACGGCCCCAGCUGGAGCUGCACUUGCGGGCGCGCGCCGCCAGGGGGCGCCGCAGAGCGCGGGCGCGGGACGGGGACCACUGUCCGCUCGGGCCCGGGCGCUGCUGCCGCCUGCACACCGUCCGCGCGUCGCUGGAAGACCUGGGCUGGGCCGACUGGGUGCUGUCGCCGCGGGAGGUGCAAGUGAGCAUGUGCAUCGGCGCGUGCCCGAGCCAGUUCCGGGCGGCCAACAUGCACGCGCAGAUCAAGACUAGCCUGCACCGCCUGAAGCCCGACGCGGUGCCAGCGCCCUGCUGCGUGCCCGCCAGCUACAGUCCCAUGGUGCUCCUGCAGAAGACGGACAGCGGGGUGUCGCUCCAGACCUACGACGACCUCUUAGCCAAAGACUGCCACUGUGCAUGAGCAGCCCUGGUCCGCCACCGUGCAGGGGCGUGUGGGGGCGAGGCCUCGGUGGUCCCGGCCUGUGGAAUGGGCUCAAGGGUCCUGGGGCACCCGAUUCCUGCCCAAACAGCUGUAUUUAUAUGUCUGUUAUUUAUUAUUAAUUUAUUGGGGUGAUCUUCCUGGGGACUGGGGGGCUGGGCUGAUGGAACUGUGUAUUUAUUUAAAAGUCUGGCGGUAAAAAAUAAAGCUGUCCAAACCGUU